AGUUGCGUUCGCCGCUGUCCUGUCUGGCCGCCCGGUGUCUGCUCCGCGCUCUGCGGCGCUCCCACCCCGAACCCGACAACUCUGCCUCCUCGUUCACCUCCCCGGCUCCCGGACCCCCCCUCCACCCGUUGAAUGCACCAGCGCCGAAAACAUGACGGGCAUCGCCGCCGCUUCUUUCUUCUCCAAUUCCUGCAGGUUCGGCGGCUGCGGACUCCAGUUCGAGUCUCUCGCCGAGCUCAUCGUCCACAUCGAGGACAAUCACAUCGACACAGAUCCGCGGGUCCUGGAGAAGCAGGAGCAACAGCAGCCCACUUACCUGGCCCUAAGCUACAUCAACAGUUUCAUGACAGAUGCGGCGCGCCGGGAGCAGGAGACCAUGAAGAAGAAGGCCACGCCUAAACUGUCCCUGUCCAUCACCGGUGGAGUGUCCAGGAACAGCACGGCCACGCCUCCUCGCCACACCAGCGGUAACCUGACGCCUCCCGUCACGCCCCCCAUCACCCCCUCCUCCUCCUUCCGCAGCAGCACACCUACAGGCAGUGAGUAUGAUGAGGAGGAGGUAGACUACGAGGAGUCGGACAGCGAUGAGUCGUGGACCACAGAAAGCGCCAUCAGCUCUGAGUCCAUCCUCAGCUCCAUGUGUAUGAACGGGGGAGAGGAGAAGCCGUUCGCCUGCCCCGUCCCCGGCUGUAAGAAGAGAUACAAGAAUGUCAACGGUAUCAAGUACCACGCCAAGAACGGCCACCGUACGCAGAUCCGCGUGAGGAAACCCUUUAAGUGUCGCUGCGGCAAGAGCUACAAGACCUCGCAGGGCCUGAGACACCACACCAUCAACUUCCACCCACCCGUCUCCACCGAGAUCCUGCGCAAGAUUCAGGGCUAGAGCCCCGUGCUCGCACCAAUCACGACCCCCAACAUAGCCCUAUCUUGACUUUCCUUACCCGACCCUGUGAUACCCAUCCCCACACACUAAAGGAUCAAGUGCGUGCUUUAAGUUGUUCUAGUUUUCUUUUCUCAUCUUUUUUCUUUGUAUGCGUUACAUUUAUAUAUAUUUUCUUUUCUAUCCAUUUUCUAUCACUUGUAUUUUUGGAAAGGAAAUCUUUGUAGUAUUUUUUAUUGUUGUACAUUUGCACAUUCGUAUAUAUACUAUCAUGUUAUUUUUUUUGUUCUCUUAUUGUUUGACUUACAUAAGGUGCUAACUGUAAAAAACAGAAAGAAAAAGACACAAAAACAAACGAUAUGAAAGAAGAGGAGAAACAGGAAGUGAUGCCCAGCCCUGCCCCCUUUGAUGAAGUUACCGUUAGGACUGAUCUGAGUUCAGCAGUCGUGACACUCCCUUUCCGUUAGCUGCAGAGUUCGCUGAGCUCAGAUCUGUGCCUUCCUAGUAACUCCUGGGGGGUUUCAGUGCGAGACUUAAGUUAUACUUUAAAUAGAUAUAUUGCUAUAUAAACAAUAGACAGAUAUGUAUGUGUACAUAAAAAUAUAUAAAAGUAUUCAUGAGCAUAUACAUAAAUAGUUACACUUUAUUUUCAAGCUUUAUUUUAUAUAUUUUUGUCAGCGUUUCUGUUUUUAUUUCUAUGUAUCAGUAAGUGUUCUUCUCAUUCCUUAUUUGCUGAGACAGCCAGUUGUGUCACCUCCAGAAGUCAAAGUGACUUUGGAUUCAGAGUUUUUUCUCUCUCGCCUGAGAGAUGAGAAGCCGAGACGCCUUUUCGGUUUGUUCCUCUGAAUCGUGCGCGAUGUUUUAAUGUUGAUCGGGAAGGGUUGCUCAGCGCUGAACGUAUUUGGAACACGGCCCAGGCCAACAAAUCUUAAACAUUUCAUCCCCUGCGGAAAGCCAUCCUUGUAUUUCAUAUUGCCAGUGUUUCCUCAUUCAGAGUGCCAGAGCUGUGUUCAAGAGACUUAGCUGUGCGAGCUAAGUUAAGCGUCAAACUGUAUUCCAGUUGCCAAGAUCUUUUGUUUGUUUGUUUUCCCCCCAUGAUGUUGUCAUCAGCUCUCCACUGCCAAACAUUGACCAUACCAUGUGCCUGACGAGGGGGGGGAGGGUGGGAUGAUUUUAAAUCUCCAUCGCACCUCCAAAAUAAUGUGCGGAUGAGUGGAUGUACAUCGACGGAAUGUUUUCAUGCAUGCUUUCUGUGUCGUAACGAGAGGAUGAACGUGCGAAAGAAGAUUUGUAUUCGAAAGAGAUUACCAUCUACAACCUGUCAUUUGUGUGUGUGUGUUGUGGACGAGAGCAUUCCAGUUCAUUGAAUAUGUGUGUGUGUGUGUGUGUGUGUGUGUGUGUGUGUGUGUGUGUGUGUGUGUGUGAUGCGUACAGGCGUACAGGCGCCAUGCGUGUGUGUUUUUUCAGCAGUGUCCAAGUCAUCAGCCUAUAGAGUGUUUCUGUGUUCUGCGCGUUUCCGUGCUCUGAUCUGUUGUGUUGUCUGUGCCAGGCCGCUGGUUGGACUCCUGUGGAGCAGGACGGCUGGCGGUGUUAUGCGUCAUGUAGUGUAGCGGUGGCCGACUUGUUGCCCCCUGACUGGGAUUUCAUCAUCCAUUGCCUCUUAAGAAAAACAAAAGCCUGCGUGCCAAGACACAUUAAUUCAGAACAUAAUUUCCCUCAUCGUGCGCAGUUUUUAAUCCGCAGAUGGCUCAAAGCUCCCUUUUGUUCUUUUGAUGGGUACAAUGACCUCUGACAUGCACACGCCCUCCUGUCCUCCGAGCUGCUGUUGCCAUGGAGACCACUGGGUUUAGAGUGGCGGUGAAACAGGCGUCACUUCAUUUUCUACAUCGUUUUGUUUUUCUGCUAUUCAUUUAAUUCAAUUAGGGUUAAAGAAACAUUUAACCGCCUAAUUAAUGUUUGAAUAUCCUGUUCUAGUUUUAGCGCCUGUACUGUACUUACAAUGCCUUCAACGAGUGUGCUACCUAACGAACAAGCACAAAUGUGUGUGCCUGAAAGACAGCCAUGUCUGUUCUGAAGCACCGAUAAGUCGACCAAGAUCUCUUAAGUCUUGGUAUCAGUUUCAAAGUGCGUCUGUGUGCCGACUACCCUGAAAGUAACCCUGACAUAAUGGUUUGCGUGCGAUGGAAAGGCUCAAUUCCUGCCUUUCAGCGUAAGGGAAGAGUUUACGUGGGGUGGGAUGGACUCAGACUGAGAGUCUCCCGUUGGAGCUCUGUCAAACACUCGUAAAGCCAUCCCCGCUUCACCAUGGCAGUAGUUUCAGCUUUACACGUGGGGCCAAUUGCAGUAUUACACAUACGGGAGAGGAGGAGCGGAGGCUGUGUGCAGAAGGAGGGGGACGAGGGAAGGAGGGGAGGGUUUCAAUGUACAGUGAAUGUAUUGUAACGUGUCUGUCGUCAAGUGCUUUUAAAUUAUAUUUUCGUAUGUAACGUGGAGACUUAAUGUUUCCUUUUUGUAUGGGGGGACAACAGGUUCUGAGCAGAGUGACUUGUAAAUGAUGUCAAACUGUCUUUCUAUAUAAAAGAGAAGCUGCUUAAAUGUAAACAGGAAGUGACUUAAAAAACCCUGUUAAAAAAUAAAGUAAAAAGCUGUU